ACCUGUGGAACGUUGGCCGCGCGGCAUGAGCCAGCGGCAGACGAGGCGGAAGCUGGGCGGCGGGCAGGCUGAAGACUUUGUAGACGGUUACAAGAUGUUGCGGGUCGUCAGCCCGAGUCAAGCCGCCAGCUCCCACUUACGCAACAUCCGCGCCGCUGGCGUAUUCCCCUGCAAGCUCCGAGCUGGGUUUUCAUCGUCUGGAGUCUGAUGUCGAUCAAGAGAACUAAUGCUUCAAGUUGCUGAAAAGUACUGAGGGUGUUCUUCUUCUUCUCGGGUGCAGGUGCCGUGAAGACGCGCUGGGUGGACCAGGAGGAGUUCUUUUCAAACUGCGACUGGUUGCGGACCGCUUGAUACUUCGCCAUGGGGAUUUCAGGACGAACACUUCUCAUCCUGUUGCUUGGUUACACGUGCUACGCGCAAGAAAUAUGGCCGUCUGUGGCCAACACCACCUGUGGGAAUGUCACCUUAAAUUCGUUUCAGACGGGCACAGCCGUCCUGAACCCAGUGCUAGGCCGCGGACAGGCGGCGCUGCUGUUGCUGCUUGGCUUUGGCGGUUUCUCCGUCCUGCUGGCCAUGCUGUACAUGUUCAUCCGCCGUCACGUCUUCCAUGACGCCGACAACCUCAACACCACCUUUGACGCCGGCGGCCGUGUCUCCGUCUCACUCACUGCUGUCACGGUGGCUUCGCAGCUGCUGUGGCCAGGAGACCUCCUGCAGUCAGCUACGGUCACCAUCAAGAAUGGAGUGGCGGGGUCCUUCUGGUAUUCCACUGCCGCCGUUAUCAACAUGAUCCUCUUCCCGGUGUUGUCCGUGCAGUUCAAGACCAGGGCCCCCGGUGCCAAGACUUUCUUGCAGGUGAUCCACGCACGCUUUGGGACGGGCACCCACGUGGUCUUCUGCUGCUUCGCGCUGCUGCUGAACCUGGUCAUCAUCGUGUGUCUGGUGGCCGCCUCCACGGCGCUGCUGCAGUCCCUCGUCAAGGAUGCCUCGGCUGAGUUCUGCGUUGUCGUCAUGGCGACGCUGUUCGGCUCCUACUCCUUCGUGGGCGGCCUGGGCUCCACUUCUACGUCUCCUACUUCAACGCCGCUGUCAUCUUCGCCAUGCUUGCAACCUUCAUCGUGCAGGUGUACUAUGCACCCAACGCCACGGUGGAAGGGCGGGUUUGAGGGCAUGUACCAGCGGGUCAAGUGCCUACUGGGGCCAGAAGGCAAUGAGGACCGGAGCUUCCUCACCUUCUGGUCCGAAGGGGCCCUCAUUUGGGGCGUCCAGGGUUUCUUUGCCACGGCGUCCAUCACGUUCUGCGACCAGGCGUCGUGGCAGUCGCGCAUCGCCGCCAAGCCCACGCAGGGCGUGUUGGGCUUCUUCGCGGCCACGUACAUCUGGUUCGCCAUCCCCUCCACCAUCGGCACCUCGGUGGGUUUCGCCUACCUCGACCACACCGCUGGAGGCGCCAACCAGUCUCUUUCCACUGAAGCCAUCGAUUCAGGUCUAGUAACGGCCUUCAUGGCGCAGGAGGAGCUUGGCGUGACUGGCAGCUACAUGAUCCUCACCAUGCUCAUCAUGGCGCUGAUGUCCACUGGGUCAGGAGAGUCAUGGCUGUGUCAUCGAUCAUCGUGUACGACGUGUAUCAGACGCACAUUAAGCCGUUCAGGCAGGUGAUGAGCACGGGCCACUGCCUGCUGUGCGGCUCCCUCAAGGCCAGCGAGGUCGCUGAAGACCGGGACAUGGACGCCAAGGGAGGUCACCCUAGUGGACCAGAUGGACCAUGCCGAUGCCCACCCGCGGCCCAGUGUCAGGCCUGCCACAGCGACAUGGAGGCAGCCCACCAGGCCCGGAAGUCGUCCCAUCAGGCUAUUUACAG